AUGCCUACAGCUCGCCCUCCCAAUUACUAUGCGAUCCUAGGGGUUUCUCCAACUGCCUCGACAAAUCAAAUCCGCGAUGCCUACAAACGCUCCGCCCUCAAGACGCACCCAGACCGCGUAGCAGCCGACGCACCCGACCGCGCCGAGCGCACCCGCAAGUUCCAGCUAGUCAACGACGCCUACUACACCCUCUCCGAUUCUCUCCGGCGCAGGGAAUAUGACGAGCAGCGCAAGAUCUUCGGCGUCGGCACCGACUACGUCCCACCAUCGUCAGCGUCCUCAUCCUGGGGUGGCAGUACCGCCUCAGGAGGAAGCAGUGGAAUGCCAGGCGGCUUCGACAAUACCUCCGAUCCCUUUGCCGAAGCGGACGCCGGCGCGGACGGCGCCGGCACCAGUCCCGCCGGCCAAGCCUUCUCGUGGGCAUGGAACUUCUUCACCAAGCAGAACCAGAGCAACAACAACAACAACAACGGCCGCGCGCAGCAGGACCGCGAGCAAACGCAAAAUGAGCAGUUCGCCGAUGUCUUCGAGGAGAUGCUGCGCGAGGAAGGCAUGGCCGAAGCCGACGGCACAAACAGACCGACGAACAAGUUCUGGAGCUUGUUAGGCGGAAUCAGCGGUGGCGCGCUGGGCUUCAUCGUCGCGAACGUGCCCGGUCUGUUGGCCGGCGCGGUUGCCGGGAACAGACUGGGCGCUAUCAGAGACGCAAAGGGGAAGAGCGUUUAUGCUGUAUUUCAGGAACUCCCUCAAGCCGACAAGACGAGGCUUCUUACCCAGUUGGCGGCCAAGGUGUUCAGCCAUACUGUGGGAAUCUGA